UUCAGUUGGGGAAUGUGAGCUCCUCUUUACAUGGUCUCUUGUGCUCCAACAGCUGGAUUGGUCUUGUUGAGAGCAACAGAGCUGGAGUGUGCAGGGCCUCUGGAGGCCAGCACCCAGCACUUCCACUGUCAUUCUCUAUGGCUUAGGAAGGCGUGACUGGACAUGAAAGUAGGACAAAGAGAAAGGCAAGACAGAAAAACGCAGGUCUCAGAGCAAUCAUCUACAAAACAACUCCACAAGAACUCUGUGUACUGCUGCAGCUGAUUCGUCCACGGCCACCUCCCGGUGACAGUUUGUUCCCCAUCAAGGGACAAGAGCAGCUGAUGGUGAUAGCCAGUGUUGUUAAGAGUUAAGAAGCAAGAAGAACUUGGAAGCUAUGGGCAGGGCACGCAGGCCCCCACCUGGGCAGCACAGGCAUUGUGAAGGAUGCAUCAACCGCCACUGCCAUGUUCCUGUGGAACCCAGCAUCUCCUGCCUGGUGAUCAGUUGCCGCCUGCUCUGCGGUGCCACCUUCCACAUGUGCAAAGAGGCAGAGCAUGAACUCCUCUGCCCUUUAGAGCAGGUUCCAUGUCUCAAUUCUGAAUAUGGCUGCCCUCUCUCCAUGUCCCGCCACAAGCUGGCCAAGCAUCUUCAGGUAUGCCCUGCUAGUGUGGUCUGCUGCUCCAUGGAAUGGAACCGCUGGCCAAACGUAGACUCAGAAACCAUCCUUCAUGAGAACAUCAUGAAAGAAAACCCCAGUGAGGAGUGUUUGGACACAGCCCUGGCCCUUCAGGACCAGAAAGUUCUCUUCAGAUCAUUGAAGAUGGUAGAACUUUUCCCAGAAACUAGAGACACCACUGAGGAGGAACCAAUGAAUGGUGAAGCCAGUUGGGAAGAGCUGGGAGGUGCAGUGGGGGGAACUGAUGUACGUUCAGCACCACAUGGCUGUCUGUCAGUAAUGAAUGGGGAAAUGAUGGAGUUAAGUCAAGAAGAACGGGAGAUGUUAGCCAAAACUAAAGAAGGAAUGGAUCUGGUUAAGUUUGGCAAGUGGGAAAAUAUGUUCAGCAAAGAGCAUGCUGCCUCUGCUUUAACAGGCUCAGCAGGGAUGUGUGAGAACAAGAGCAGGAAUGGAGGAGGGAAAGAACGGAGUUCUGGUGGUAAUGACUCCGCUGACACAAAGGAUGCUUCAAGAGGGACAACAGCACAGGAAGACCAGAAGCAGCAGGAAUUUGCCGCAGCCAUGGAAAUGACAGGUUUUGCCCCCUGGCAGGAUGGUGUUCUGGAAAGACUGAAAACAGCUGUAGACCCAAAAGACUAUAACAUGUACCUAGUACACAAUGGUCGAAUGCUCAUCCACUUCGGGCAGAUGCCUGCUUGUACCCCUAAGGAGAGAGACUUUGUGUAUGGCAACCUCGAGGCUCAAGAAGUUAAGACCGUCUACACCUUCAAAGUACCCGUGAGCUACUGUGGAAAACGAGCCCGCCUUGGAGAUGCCAUGCUGAGAUGUAGGCCAAGUGAGCACAAGGCUGUGGAUACUUCAGAUUUAGGGGUCACCGUGGAGGACCUGCCAAAAUCAGAUCUCAUCAAGACCACCCUCCAGUGUGCUUUGGAAAGAGAACUCAAAGGCCACGUCAUUUCUGAGUCCAGGAGCAUUGAUGGGUUGUUCAUGGAUUUUGCCACCCAGACGUACAACUUUGAAGCAGAACAGUUUUCCUCAGGGACUGUGCUGGCUGACCUUCUGAACACUGGCAACCCCGGGGGACUCCACGUGGAGCUCCACAGUGAGUGUGUGACCAGGAGACACAACAAAAGUAGCUCUGCCUUUACGUUUACCUGCAAUAAGUUCUUCCGGAGGGAUGAAUUUCCCCUGCACUUCAAGAAUGUCCAUACAGACAUUCAGUCAUGUCUCAAUGGCUGGUUCCAACAUCGAUGCCCCCUAGCCUACUUAGGGUGUACGUUUGUUCAAAACCAUUUCCGUCCUCCAGGGCCAAAGGCAAAAGUGAUCUACAGUCAAGAGCUCAAGACCUUUGCCAUCAAGCCAGAGGUUGCCCCUGAGCUUGAUGAGGGAAGAAAUAACCAUCUCUCAGGCCAUGGAGGAAAAAGCCAGAAUUCUUUAACAAGCUUGCCCCUGGAGGUUUUGCAAUACAUUGCUGGGUUCUUGGACAGCAUCAGCCUGUCCCAGCUCUCCCAGGUUUCUAUGCUGAUGAAGAAUAUCUGUGCCACUCUGUUACAAGAGAGAGGGAUGGUCCUCUUACAAUGGAAGAAGAAGAGGUAUUCCCAUGGAGGCACUUCCUGGAAAGUCCACAGACAGAUCUGGCAGUUCAGCAGCCUUUUCUCCAAAAUCAAGAGCUGGGAGUUUAAUGAAGUCACCUCCAUGUCUGAGCAUCUGAAGGCCUGUCCUUUCAACAUCAUAGAGCACAAGACUGACCCGAUCCGUUUGACCAGCAUGUGUCAACCCCAUGAGCAGGCUCGGGAGAGCUUAGUGUCCACCUUUAGGGCCAGACCACGAGGAAGACACACCUAAAGAGCCACAGGUCACCAUUCCUGAAUUUCUUCUUGGAGUUAUUGAAAAAGUAGGACAGUGUGGUUUGAGAGCUCCUCUGUCAACCAGAGAUCUGCUUCUCUAGUGUAUUGAAGUAUGCAAUGUCCUUCAAACCCAGAAGUUGAACUGGGCCUGAAAAUUUUCUAAGCUACGGCUUAUAGUGUGAUAUGACACUGAUGGCUUCCCUUCCUUUCCCUCCCUUCUCUUCCUCAUCACUCCUCUCUUCUCCUUGCCUUCUCUGCCCUUUCUUCUCCACUCCUCCUUUUCUCCCCCCCCCCCUUUUAAUAGAUCGGUCUAAGGAGAAAAUAAGUAACUUGAGGCCAUUUGAAAAAUGAACCCACAUCCUUAGGAGAUAAGAGAGACUAAAUUCCAUCACCAAGAUAGGACUGAUUACCCACAGGGCUUUUUAAUUUACAGAGCAUUUUCAGAUUCAUGGGGCAAGCAAUACAGGGACAGGAUCAGUAAGAGUUAAUUUUCCGGACACUCUGGGUGGAGAUUACCUAACUUAAGGGUUCUGGAAUUGUAUCUCUCUUAAAAGUCAAGUCCAGGACUUCUUUCCAUCACUGUACUUCCUCUAAGUCCAGGUGGCCUCAGCUCAGGCCAUGUACAUGACAGCCAUUCAGUAAGGCAAUGCUGAGUUUGUACACAGGGCUUGUUGUGUAGAAUCUUGGCAACAGAGAAAGAAAAUCUUGAGAAAUUAAAGAGACUCCAAAAGAGACAUGUAGAAAAUAAGGACAAAGACUACAAAAGUAUUUUUACCAUCUUGAUAAUGCACAGGGUAGCCCAAGGAAACCACAUACUUGGCAAAGUCUAGACAAAGCCUGCUGCACUUCCUAUGCACCAGUUACCACUAAGCACCAGUUGGGGACUCUCCUAGGGGUCUUAGAGAGGAGGACAUGUGGACAUAAUGAUUUCAUGAAAUUGUUCCUACCAGUUGCUGGUCAUGCCUUUCAAAACUGGCAACUGUUUAGGCAACAAACUGAAUAUUUAGGAGGACAGAAAUAAACAAAUUCCACAAUAGAAACUGGCAUGCUCUAAAGCAACAUUUCUCAACCGUGUAACUGUUCAUAUUUUGAACUGGAUAAUUCUUUGUUAUAUUGGACUGUCCUACAUAUUUCAGGUUAUUUAGAAGCAUCCUGAGCCUCUGUUCAUGAAAUGUCAGUAAUAUACCAACCAUGAACAACCAAAAAUGAGUCAGAUAUUGAAAAAUGGCCCCUGGCAGAAAAGUAGCUCCCGAGUGAGAAUCACUGUUCUGAAGGAUCCCAUACCAGAGAUAAUGUUAGGACAUGCUUGUCUUUUAGUUCAGUAAAAUCUUAUCUCAUUUGGCUAUCCACAGUGGCUAUGAUUUAACGUAGUACUCGCAUAUUUCCUUAAUAGGUUUUAGACACGUGGUGUCUAAGUUGGGAAACAGAUUGAGCUGGUUUGCUUGAUGUGGCUUCAUGUCCUUGGGCUACAUGCAAGAACAUGUGAGCAGACCCAGAUAUACCCAAAGCCAGAAAAGAAUUAUGUUUGUCUUGUAUUUAUAUCCUUGUAUCUUAAUUGGCACCAUUUUCCAACAGUCCUAGAAGAUCCCAAGCAAGCAAGAAAUAGAAAAAAGAGAGAACAGGCAACAUAGGGAAGCAGAAGACGAAAGUAAUGCAGCCAACAAAAGAAGGAGCUAGGUCAGAGCUAGGAGAGGUGAAGAAGUUGAUGCCUCUUGGAAUAGUCAGGGAGGCAGUAGAGUGGCCUCACAUCAGAAGGUUACUUACCUUUUCAUGCCAAUGAACCACUUACUACUUCUUGGUAAUGUAAUUCUAUUUCUCCUAACCUUUUUGUUGGGGUUAUAUUUCACAUUUGUAUAUAAGUUAUCAUUCUAAAAUUUUUAACUAGAGUGUGAUCUAAGGCUUUUUCCAGUGAAGAUGAAAACAACUAAAGUGAAAACAACUAAACACUGAAGUGGGAACGAAGGAGGAGAGUUUUCCAGGCAUCAGUUCUGUGUGUUUUAAAUCUGGUCCUCACACAGAGGAGUGAAGUUCCUAAAGUCCACUCCUGGUUUCUUAUUAGAAAGUGAGAGAAAGGGGAACUACAGACCAACCAACGAUGAGUAUCAGUGAUUGUAGUGAGAUGGAUCAGAAGUGAGGUGCCAUCGAGGGACAAGAAAGUGCUUUCCUUCACAAACUGGGCAGGCACGCACGGCCCAGUCUGGGAGAGCAAUCAAGACAUCCCCACACAUGCUUUCUGGGGAGCACACAUCUAGCCACACUCUUCUCUCCCCAUUGCUGUCUUCUAAGCAGUACUAAAUUGACCCACACCAUUCCAUACAUUAACUAUGAUAUCUAAUUAUUUAUGUUACAAGGAACUACGUGUAUCCUCUGGUCCCUGGAAACAAGGACAUCUUAUGGGGAGAAGUCAGGUAGAGCAAAAGCAGACCUCCUCUGAGCCUGAGUUAGAAAUAUGACUUGAUUAGUGGGUGAAGUUGCAGUGAACAGCAUGAGCAGAGAGCAUCAUCUGAUAGAGACAGGUUUUUAGGUGUGCCUUCAGAUUAAGAAGCAGCUGGAGGUCUGGGAAGGUGGCUCAGUGGUAGAGUGCUUGCCUUGCAUGCCUGAGGCCCUGGGUUCGAUUUCUCAGCAC